CAAUCACAAAAGACAAAAAUUAAAAGGUAAGGGAAUCAAUGUGCUACUAUCGGCUCCACUAGGGCGAUGAAAACCUUGUCACAUAAGGAGUAUUUAUUAAAAUUUGACCAGCACAAAGUGGGAUGCUUACUUUUCUUAUAAUGUUCAUAAAUAAAGUCAGAUAUACAUAUACUUACAUCUGUUUUUCCUAAAUUGAGUGCAAGUUCCACAAUGGUGCAUGAGUUAGAAGCCUUGUUCGAGCCUGCUGGGCCGACAAUGGUAUCGGACGGGAGAAGAAUGGAGUCACAAAGAGAGCCGGAGUAUGAUUCUCGUCAAGUCAAAGGAAACAAGAACGAUUGAUGAAUAAGAUUGGGUUCUGUGAAAUGAAAAGGAACUUGUCACAUGGAGAUUACUCAAUUUGGAAGGCAAUUAUCUUUCAGGGAAUAAAAAUUCGCAAAGAAGAUGAAGAAAUAGAGAUGCUAUAUUUCUUUUAUGUACGAGUAUAUAUUAUAUGACCACCAAUUCAAACAAAGAUAUAUUCAUCCCAUGACUUCAGUGGCACCACAAAGCAAGCCGUACUCCAACUCCAUGAUGUCUGAUGAAAAUGAGGAUGCAAUAAAGAUUGAAAUACCAGGUACUCAACCAAUAACCAACAACAACAACAAUGCCCUGGUCAAGGAGUGGGACGGCUGCAUUAGAGGCCACGAGACCACCAAACGCUAUGAACGCAAACGCCAUAUCGGAAAGCUACCACCUUUACUCUUAAGAGGCGAAAAGGGUCAUACAAACCGCCAGUACUACGAGCCAGCAGUGGUUUCACUUGGCCCGUAUCAUCAUAACCGAACAGAACUAGCCCAAUCCGAGAAAUACAAGCUCAUAACACUCGAAGAGUUUCAAUUAAGCAGCGGAAAGUCCAUUAGCUCAAUAUACAACAAGGUGUUUGAGGUGGUACAGGAUGCUAGAAAAUGUUAUAUAGACGGUUCAACUGAUGAGUACAACGACGACGCGUUUAAUCGAAUGAUGACACAUGACGGUUGCUUCAUUUUGUUAUUUAUAGAUUGCAUAUCGAGUGGAAUCAAUAAAGUGUUGUUACAUAAUGAAUAUUUAGGCGCAUUGGGGUUUGCUAACGUCGUUCGCGACAUUUUUUUACUCGAAAACCAAAUCCCUUUUGUAGUCCUUGAAGUUCUGUUGGAUUUAAGGUUUCCAGAAGAUAAAGGUGAAAAGAUACUAAACAAGUUCUUUAAUUAUUUAAACUACGGCGAGGUGAUGAUGAAGAACGAAAAGGUACUCGAGAACAAGCAGCCCCUGCAUCUUCUCGAGCUUUAUCGGUCAUAUUUCAUCUCACUUUCGGCUUCUCUUAAUCUCGGGUCAACUAAGUCUUCCAAAUGGUAUGUAUGGGCUAAACAGACCGAAAAGGUGGAUGAAGAUUAUAACUAUGUAAAACGAAACCGAUCUUUUCCUUCAGUAAUGGAACUCAGAGGAAAAGGCAUUUUCUUAAAACGUACACACGACGAGUCUUCAAACGAAGACAUAAAGUUUCACUCUCGUUGUUGUUACGGUAAGCUUGAGCUCGUGCCCAGAGCGAUAUCUUCAAACACGAAAGCUAUUUAUCUAAACAUGAUCGCAUACGAGAUGUGCCCACAUAACCCAAAUGAUUUCCGGGUCUCAACUUAUAUCCGAGUGAUGAAAUCGUUAGUUAUUCAACGUGACGAUGUGAAGGAGUUACGAAACAGCGACAUUUUGCUACAUAGUCUUGGAAGAGAUGAGGAAGUGGUGAAAAUGUUUGAUGAGAUUGAAGCACCAGCGGUUAAUCUUUAUAUGUUUAGUCAGCUUCGGAGAGGGAUCGAGAAGCAUUGCAAAAGCAACUAUAAGACGUGGGUGGCGGAGCUGAUAACGCUGUAUUUUAGUAGUCCUUGGAAGACGAUGGCCUUGCUGGUGGCGGCCGCGAUUUUGUUGACUAAUUUUUUGCAGACUUACUUCACGGUUAGGCCACUUCCUGAGGAUUCUGACGAGAAUAUUGUCAAGCUUUUGAGACGAUGCGCGCACUUUAAGCCUCACUCGGUGCCGAAUUGAUCGAUCAUGUGAAUUGAUAUUACUAGCUACUUUUUGUUGAUUA